UCCGACGAACGUGAAAUUCGAAUUCGACAAUCGAUUAUUGAAAUUUGGUCGGAAAAAUUGUGUUCAGUGAAUACUGUUUCUUCUAGUGGUAGCCUAAAGUACAGGAGAUGUGUACGUAAUCGAAAAUAAAUUACCUCCGCGGUUUAAUACGAAAACAAGAGAAGAUGAAGCCUACAGCGGGAUUAUUCAUCAUUUUUCUGAUUAUAGUAGUGGGUCGUGAUGCGGUUCUCGCAGUGGCAGGAGGUCGCGAUCGGGACGUGCGGUGCGGCAGACGGCUGGUCUCCGGUCUGUUCGCACGACCGCGGCUGCCCCUCGGCUACUCCUACGUUACAACGGUACCCACAGGCGCCUGUCGACUCAACGUGUCGGAAAUCGUGUCGAGUGAUAAUUAUAUCGCAUUGAAGAUUUCAAAUGGGUCGUACAUAAUGAAUGGUGAGUUUGCAGUCAGCUCUCCAGGUACAUAUGAAGCUGCCGGUGCAAGGUUUAUAUACACGAGAAAUGCUGGUGUAGAUUCGGUCUUCGCGUUAGGACCAAUACAAUACCCUAUUGAUAUCAUGGUUUUAUACACGCAACCGAAUCCAAGCAUAAAGUACGAGUAUUUCACUGAAUCCUUACCAGGUCAGGUAGAUACGGAGUCAAUUACUAAUCCAAAUUUACAAGAAUCUACAGUUUCUCCAAAACAUAACAGACGACAUCAUGGUUUCGAAACCUAUCCGAGAUCUGGUAACAAUUACCCAGAUUCGGCAGGAUUGACAAAGGAAUCAUCAGUUGAGAAGAGAUUUGAAGAAAACCUUGUUGGAGGAAGGAAAUUUAUAUGGAAAAUAGUAUCCUAUACUCAGUGUUCUAGAAGCUGUGGUGGAGGUAUUCAAGUAGGUAAAUAUCGAUGUGUCGAAGCCAAUUCUAUCGAAGACCGAGAAGUAUCGUCAGUACAUUGUUUAGGCUCACCCCCACAAGGAAAGAGACGUCGAUGCGGCCAAGGCCCUUGUGCACCAAGAUGGCGGGCAGCCGCCUGGUCUCUCUGCCCUAAGUGCGGUCCAGCUACCAGAACAAGAAUUGUUGGCUGCGUACAAGAUCAUUCUAGAGGCAUUACGAAGGUCAGUGAUCAAAAAUGUCCAGCACUGAAACCAACUACUACAGAAACGUGUAACAUACCAGAUUGUGGACUAACUCCAGGAAUACGACAAGUUGAACGUAGCAACUCACGGAUUCAGACUGACACAUUUAGGGAUGGACCAGUUUAUACCAUAGCUGUGGAUUCAUCAGAUACUGAGUUGGGACCUGAAUACAAUUUUAAUACCGGAGUAGGGGGCUGGCUUCAAACUGAUUGGUCUGAGUGUGUAGGAUGGUGUGUAGGAGGAGGCUUACAAACCAGAGCAGUUCGUUGUGCCGACCCUUCCGGUUGCCCUCGAAAUUCACCAGAGCGAUCUCGUGCUUGCACCCCUAGAUUGACUUGUGAUCCUCAUGAUGGACAUUGGUUUACUGGUGAAUGGUCAGCAUGCACAUCUCCAUGUGGAGGGAAACAAGUACGCGGAGUGCUGUGCAUCGGUGGUACUGGAAGACAUCUUCGUGAUUCGGCAUGCAGGGAAGCCAAGCCGGAACACGAGAGAAGCUGUGGCGGUGAAUGCCCACCUAUCUGGUAUACCAGUGAAUGGGGUCAGUGUAUAGGCAAUUGUACUCUCGGGGUUGGUGUACAGAGAAGAACAGUGGUGUGCGCGCGCGGCGACAAUGGCGCAACUAGCGAUAUUGAAUGUCCUUCACCACGCCCCCACGCGCACCUUCCCUGCGAACCCAAGUGUUUAACAGGAAUAACGCUGCCACCGGAAUUGACUAUAGAGUCCCAAAAAGUUGUCACUGAAACUCAAACGACUCAAAGAAGUACUACGAUAAGCAACAAAAAAGACUGUGAAGACAAAUUGUCAAACUGCGCACUUGCCGUUCAAGCGAGACUCUGCCAUUAUAAAUAUUAUAUACAAAAUUGUUGCAAUUCAUGUAACAUACCAUAAGCUUUCAGCUACCUGAUUUACUAACUUUUCCAACAAAUCGCAAGCGGUAGCAUCUUGUUAUCGCCAUACAAAAUAUACUAUGAGUUGACAACUGUCGCUAUUAUAUUAUACGUUUUAAAUGUCGAUGACGAGUUGGCAACUUGUUAGCAUAUUUGUGAAUCUGAAUGUGAGGCAGAAGUGCGAUUGUGUGAAAUCAUAUGACAGUUUAACGCAUAUAGUUUCAUUUUUGUCAAAAAUUUAAUUCAGUUCAUAUCAUUGGAAUCAUUGAGACAACAGAACUAACAGAGAGAAAAUAAGUUAGCUCAAAGAGUGUUUGUUUAAACCACCGAUAAAAAAGGGUUUAUUGAAUGGACAGUUUAACACAAUACGAAUUUGACUUUAACGAUCCGUGGUCAAUUUGUUUAUUAGGUAACGAUCCAUGAUCAUAACAUUCGCUCCACAGACAUGGAUGUUUUCAAUACAUUUAGCCGAAAAAUUUCGCAUAUUUCAAAACGUCU